AUAUGGUUGAUAUGUCUGGUGAUGAUAGUGAUGAUGAUAUGGACGAUGGAAAAUUAAAUGAUUAUGUACAAUAUAAAUGUGACCACAUAACUCAUUACGAUUACAAUGCAACCUGGUCAUUGCAAGAUGCAAUAGCAACAACAUUUAAUAAAUUUUUGGACAAAUCGCAAACAAUCAACUCUUGGCAAUGUGGUAUUGAUUUGCAGUUAGAUACCUGGAAGAAUAAAUUGUUUAGUCGACCACAAUACAACAAACACAUCGAACAGCAACAACGCAUAAAAAUGAAACAAUACGCUGCAGAUGAUUGUAUUGCAGUCGCAGAAUUAUUCUUAUGCAUGUACCCAGAAACAACAAACCAGCACCAAAUACAUGACAUAUCACAACAUACAACAACAAAAACAAUUACAACAACAACGACAACGACAACAACAGCAUCAAGAAACAUAUUAAUCGAUUUGGAAGAUUAUUUAUCAAACAUAAGUGAAGAUGAAAUCGAAUUAAUUAAACCAAGAUUUGACAAGAAAAAAGAAGAAAAUUUACAUCAACCGAAUGAUUCACCAGCCGAAUUAAUUAUAACAACAACAGAAAAUGAAAUCAAUGAAUUAAUUUCAAUCCAACAACAACCACCGAAUACAUCAGCAACAUCAACAUUAACCAAGAAUGAACGACAACGACGAAAAAACCAAAAACUCAAAUGGAAACAAAAACAUCGACCUACUUUUCAACGAAAAAUUAAAAGACCAAUCUAUUAUCGCUAUGAUUAUCGGAAAAUCCGAUCACAAUUAGCUGAUGACGACAUACACACAAGUCAUCAAAUAACAAUAAAUAAAGAAAAAGGAACAUUAAUUAUUGAUAAUGAAACACAACAAAUAACAUAUAUUAUUGAUCAACGACUUCAACAUCUUCGACGACUUCAACAUCUUCAACAUCUUCGACAUCGUCAACGACUUCAACAUCUUCAACAUCUUCAACAUCUUCGACAUCUUCGACAUCUUAAUCGAAUUCAAGCACCACAAUGGAUCCUUGAUGCACUUAUAUGCAACGGUGGUGGAAUAUAUUUGAGUAUGAAAGCAUGCGAAUAUUUAAAAAUGAAACCAUACAAUUGGCGUGGAAUGUGGACUAUCCCAACUGUUAGAGGUAAAAUGAUGCGUGUAUUUUGGUCAAUUUACGCCUCAUGA